AUGCUAACAAUAGAAGCACAAUGGUUCGAUAUAAGCUUCUUGAAUGUACAUGCCCCAACGGAGGACAAAUCCCAAGAUGAGAAAGAAACGUUUUAUGAACAAUUGGAAAGUUUGCAGAAACCGAUUCCUAGCGAUAGGAUACAAAUUGUACUAGGAUAUCUAAAUGCCAAAGUUGGGAAAGAAACAAUGUUUCGACAAGUGGCAGGAAAAUACAGUCUACACGAUGAAACAAAUGACAACGGACGUAAACUAAUUGACUUAGCAACCGGGAAUGGUUUAGUUAUAAAGAAUACAAUGUACCCACAUAAAAAUAUUCAUAAAGGGACAUGGAGCAUUAACAGACUUAGUAGUCGGUAUACUGAAAACGAAGAUGCUGAUGCAUGUCAAGGUCAUAAAUGGACGUUACGUUCACUAUGGACAUAUAUGGAGAAAGGACGCAAGAUUGAUGUUAAAAAAUUAUGGAAGAGCUUAGAAGAUCUAGUUGUAAAAACUGUCAUUAGUGGUGAAUCACCUAUGGCUAUGAGUCAAAUGUGUAGUUCAAAUCUGUGCAAUAGAUAUAACGCAUAUGAGUUAUUUGGAAUAGAUGUUUUGUUUGAUGAAUAUCUUAAACCUUGGAUAUUAGAGGUAAAUAUAUCUCCUUCAUUGCAUUCAUCUUCUCCACUUGACUUGGCUGUCAAAGGACCAUUAGUCAAAGAUCUCAUGAAUAUGGCUGGUUAUCAUAUCCCAAACAAAAUGUCUCAUAGUACACAUAAUUAUUUACUUAAGGUGUUAGGAGUCAAAUCAAUACUAUGUUAUGACAAGAGAUUAUAUACAUUAAAUUUAUCUGCUAAAGAAAAAGAAAAAGAAGAAUAUUAUACAAAUAUUGAAUCUAGAGAAGAAUAUAUUGAUAGCAUAUUGGAUGAUCUAUUACCAGAUAAUAUUCGACAUCUCAUUGUGUAUGAAGAUGAAAUUACACAAGUUGGCUCAUUUCAAAAAGUAUUUCCAACCACUUCAUCUUCUAAAUAUCAUAAAUACUUCGAUAGCUCCAGAUAUUAUAAUAUGCUUCUUGAUGCAUGGGAAUGUAAAUAUAGUAACAAUAGAGGAGAAGGUACUGCUGUGCUAGAAAAGUUAUGCCAGUUAAAAAUUCACCUGGAAGUGCCUGACAUUGAUGAAGAAGAAUGA